UGCGAUGGGCCACAUGCCGUAGGCACCCCCCCAUAUGGUGUGGAAGAGCGAUCGCUGGCAGACGUCGGUGGAGAAGGCCGACGUUCAUGGAGACAGCAAGGUGGAGGCUGGCACGCUGGAGAUAUCAUACCACCUGCCUGGCAAGGGGAUCGAGAAGGAGCUAGUGUACCAGGACACAGCCGAGGCGGAGGGAGGGCCCCGGCUGCUUGUUUCGCUGGCCUCGGUGAUGAAGCUGAAGGGCUUGUGCGAGCACGAGCAUGCGAAGCACGACAAGGCCCUGACGGCUCUGAAGGUAUGCCGCCUGAAGUACUUCAAGGAGAUCAGGUGGCUCCGCGACCAGCUCCAGCGCCACACCGGAAAGGAUGGUGACGUGUUCUGGUUCGAUCCCGAGGAGGGGUCGGACCUCGAGGGCCUGCAGAACCACAUGCUGAGGGCCCUGCAAGAGGACAACGAGAGGCUGAAGGAGGAGAACGCCGCGCUCAACGAGGAGCUCUCUUCAGUGAAGGCCAUCAUCGAGGAGAUGUCUGACCUGAAGGAAGCGCUGCGCAGAAUGCUCAAGGACCACACCGUCCGAGAGGUCACGACGGAGCUGCGGGGGGUGCUCGCCAAGGCGAACCACCUCUCCGAGUUCACGGGGAUCCUGCGCGAGCUGCUGCCCGAGCUCUCGCCGCAGAUGCCCUCGGGGCCCGACCCAGAGGAGUUUGCGCGGCUGGGGGAGGA